UUCCGGAUGCUGAACAAUGGCGAGCACAUCAGAAUUGGAAUGAAGGGAUAAGAAGAUUCCCCUAAAUUUUAGAGAAGUCUCGAUGAUUAGCAUAAAGCUGCAAGAAUUUGAAAUGGUGUAUCCUGGUCCAGGCGACCUUGGAGCCCGGCUUCUACUGCUGUUUUAUAUAAUUCUCACAGCCGGGGGGACCGGGAGCGGCCAGGUCCACUACUCGGUCGCCGAGGAGGCCAAACACGGCACCUUCGUGGGCCGCAUAGCGCAGGACCUGGGGCUGGAGCUGGCGGAGCUGGUGCCGCGCCUGUUCCGGGUGGCAUCCAAAGGCCAUGGGGACCAUCUGGAGGUAAAUCUGCAGAACGGCAUUUUGUUUGUGAAUUCUCGGAUCGACCGCGAGGAGCUGUGCGGGCGGAGCGCGGUGUGCAGCAUCCACCUGGAGGUGAUCGUGGACAAGCCGCUGCAGGUUUUCCAUGAAGAGGUGGAGGUGAAGGACAUUAACGACAACCCGCCUGUGUUUCCGGCGACACAAAAGAAUCUGUUCAUCCCGGAAUCCAGGCUGCUUGACUCUCGGUUUCCGCUAGAGGGCGCGUCCGAUGCGGAUAUUGGGGCCAAUGCUCUGCUGACUUACAGACUGAGCCGCAAUGAAUAUUUCUCGUUGGACGUACCAAUAAAUGAGGAACAGGUAAAACCACUUGGACUUGUAUUACAGAAAUCUUUAGACAGGGAAGAAGCUCCAGAGCUUUAUUUAGUGCUCACGGCCACUGAUGGGGGCAAACCUGAGCUGACUAGUACCGUUCAGUUACUCAUCACAGUGCUUGACGCCAAUGACAACGUCCCGACUUUUGACAAAACAGUCUAUACAGUGAAAUUACCAGAAAAUGUUUCCAGAGGAACGUUGGUAAUUAAACUGAACGCCUCAGAUUUAGACGAAGGCUUGAAUGGGAAUGUUAUUUACUCGUUCUCAAGUGAUGUUUCUCCGGAUAUAAAAUCCAAGUUCCAUAUAGACCCUAUAACCGGGGAAAUUACAGUAAUAGGACAUAUCGAUUUUGAAGAAAGUAAAGCCUACAAAGUUCGUGUACAGGUUACUGAUAAAGGCUCCCCGCCAUUGUCUGGUCACUCUACAGUUCUGGUGGAUGUUGUGGACUCUAAUGACAAUGCUCCAGAGUUGACUAUCACGUCUCUGUCCCUUCCUAUCUCAGAAGACGCUCAGCCUGGUACAGUAAUUACCUUGAUUAGUGUGUCUGACCGCGAUUCUGGAGCCAAUGGGCAGGUGACCAGCACCUUGACACCGAAUGUCCCCUUCAAGUUGGUGUCCACCUUCAAGAAUUACUACUCGCUAGUCCUGGAAAGCGCCCUAGACCGCGAGAGCCUGUCAGCCUAUGAUCUGGUGGUGACAGCACGGGACGGGGGCUCGCCUUCCCUGUCGGCCACAGCCAGCUUGUCCGUGGAGGUGGCCGACGUGAACGACAACGCGCCUGCAUUCGAGCGUCCCGAAUACACGGUGUUCGUGAAGGAAAACAACCCGCCGGGCUGCCACAUCUUCACGGUGUCGGCACACGACGCGGACGCGCAGGAGAACGCGCUGGUGUCCUACUCGCUGGUGGAGCGGCGGGUGGGCGAGCGCGCACUGUCGAGCUACGUGUCAGUACACGCUGAGAGCGGCAAAGUGUACGCGCUGCAGCCGCUGGACCACGAGGAGCUGGAGCUGCUGCAGUUCCAGGUGAGCGCGCGCGACGCGGGCUUCCCUCUGAUCAUCGCCAUCUGCGCAGUGUCCAGCCUGCUGGUGCUCACGCUGCUGCUGUACACGGCGCUGCGGUGCUCGGCGCCGCCCACAGAGGGCGAGUGCGGGCAGGGGAAGCCCACGCUGGUGUGCUCCAGCGCGGUGGGGAGCUGGUCGUACUCACAGCAGAGGCGGCAGAGGGUGUGCUCUGGGGAGGGGCCGCCCAAGACCGACCUCAUGGCCUUCAGCCCCAGCCUACCUCAGGGUCCCAGUUCUCCAGGCAAUGUGAGUCUAAAACAAUCUUAUUUCCAACAAUUUUUAAAACAGAAUUUUACCUUAAUCUACUUAAAUAGUUCUUCCAUCUAUUCUUCGGUUUUUAAUAGAUUUAAUGCAAUUGUAUUUUUAGUGUUAAUGAUCUAUUUGCACUUAUCUAUUAUUUUAAAUCAUAUUUAUGUUACCUUCACUUUACUUUUAGGGGCAUAUUGUCCCUUAGAUCAAAAUCAGAGAUUUAUAUUGGUGACUUACACUUUUGGAUGA